AUGGCAUAUUUAGGUUUAUGUAAUAAUUGUCAAGUAAAGAAAUCAAAUCCAAAAAGAGGACUUGUGAUAAAACCAAUUCUACAUUUCGCAUUUAAUUCAAAGACGCAAAUUGAUUUGAUUGAUAUGCAAUCGAAAAACUUUAAUAAUUAUCGCUAUAUAAUGAACUACCAAGAUCACUUAAUAAAUGCACCUGCUUUACUCCAUUCGGAUAAUGGUCGUGAGUUUGCUAUAAUAACAAAUUUAAAUGAAAUGUGGGGAGACAUCAAAAUAAUUGUGCAUGGCAAACCUCGUCACAGCCAGACUCAAGCAUCAGUUGAACGGGUGAAUAGGGACAUUGAACAAAUAUUGGGUUGUUGGAUGGUUGAAAAUAAAUCAAAAAACUGGCCAAUGGCAUUAAAAUUUGUGUAA